AUGCCGUCAUUGUCAACGACUAGUAAAGUGGUGGUUGGUGGUUGGAGGCUGGCAGUUGCCGCUUGCCCAAAUGCUAUUACUUCUCACGCCAUCGCUUCUACUACUUCUCUAUCUUGUCGUCGCGGCCAAUCGAUUGGUGAAAUGGUGGUAGGUGGCCAUGGUCGACAGUUCUUAAGGGUAGAAAUGGGGAUGGCAAGGGCGUGGAAUGAGUUGGGGAGAAAGCAUAGCAUGGCCGAAGCAUUGGAAGUCCUUGGUGAUAGAAAAAUCAAUGGAAAUGAUGAAGUGGAAGAAAAUGCAUUAUCAGAUUAUUCACAGAAUAUCUCAUCUAUAGACUUGAACGAAGAAGCCGAAAGCAAUGUGGAUGGUGAUGCCAUGGAGGUUUCAGACAUCAGUGUUCAGGAUGAUGAGCAAACAGUAAAUAGUAACAAGUCUGAGGAAGGAAAUGGAAACAAGAGUAGAGUUCGUAGAUAUGUUAGGUCCAAAAUGCCUAGGCUCCGGAGGACUCCUGAACUCCAUCUCUCAUUUGUUCAUGCUAUUGAAAGACUUGAAAACGAUGGCAUAUCCCUUGCUCAAAAUUCUCAUAAUCAAGGCCAUCACUUAGGGUCCCUAUCCUCGUAUGAUCAGACCAAAGGAUCUCCAUCUCCCAGAUAUAAGCAAUGGUCAUCUAGUAAAGAACUUCCCAUAAUCAGGCUUAAUCCUCAUGUAAGUGUAGAUGGCAAAAAUUUCUUCAGAACAGCAAAUAGCCCACUCAAAACUAACCAAUUUCCUGAAGACAAAAGAUGGCCACCACGAAAAUUUGUCAAUGUGAAUCAGUAUAAGGACAAAAGGGUUCCUAUGUCUAACACAACAGCUGGACAAUACAAGUCACACAUCAUAUCAGAAACAUUUGGCAAAACUUUUAAAGAUCCCUUUCAUAUCAAGGUCAGAAACUAA